CAUCACCGCCACAACAACAACAACAAAACCGCCGUGGACGUCAGCUGGCAAGGGGCGGAGGAGUGAGGUGCAAUGGAGGAGUAUGAGCAGAAGAUUAACUCUGGCAAUGUCUUCCUUCAGAGCCAAGCCAUCACCAAACUCUACGACACUCUGUUGGAGAAGUACAAGAUUGAGACAGUUCUGUAUGAGACAGAAGAGGUCAAGAUCCUAUGGAAGACAGCCAACACUGGGGGGGCGACAGAGGCAGCGCUGGCCAUGGAGGCGCUGAUGACGCUGGUCCGCUCUGGCCAGCUCCCUGCCCCGGCCACACUGCAGAACUUCUUGGCAGAUGUGACCAAUGCAAAGUGUCCCAGCGUGCUCCUGCAGGGCGUGACAGAGGUGGUGCUGCUGCUGUCCACCGCUGAGGGGGAGGAGGCGGCCGUCACAUGCCCCUUCACCGGCCCACCCACCGGCCCCACGCACCCCUAUGUCACCCUCCUCAGCAAGCGGCAGGACCUGGCGCCGGCCCUGCUGGAGGAGGCCGCCCACCUCCUGCGACACCCUGACAAGAGGGUGAGGGAGGGCAGUUCCAGUCAGCUCCGGCCGCUGCUGCUCCACACUUUCUGCCUGACGGAGGGCACACUGUGGCUGGCACGGCCGCUGCUCGCCCUCCUCGCCUCGGCCCAGACGCACCACAGCCUCGUGCCACUGCUCUGCCGCAUUGCAACACUUAUCAGGGACACAAGCCGGGACCACGUGGAGCGCAAGGUGAUGGUGCUGACGACGCUGGCCACGAUGUCUGUGAGGGAGAACCUGACGCGCCUCCAGUCCGCCAUCCUGCCCUGCCUCCUCAUGGCCCUCCCGCCAGCCCUGAAACAUGGGCUGGGGACGAGGACUCUGGAGCGUGACCUUCGGCUUCUCGGGUCCCGGCUUGGGCGUGGCUGCGACGUGACGGUGUGUGCCUUGGCGGAGGUCCUGCCCCUCACCUCUGGCCGCCUCCAAGUCAGCCUCCUCCAGCUAGGCGCCACUCUUCUCGCACACAAGGACGGCAACCCUCUCAUCGGGGCGCGCCUUCUUCCCUCGCUGCUCCAGGUCCUCUCCGCCCCCUGCACAGCUGUCCCGGGCCUCACCACUGCCGCCGCUGCCCUCAUCUCCCUCGUACAGGCCACACCAGCCCAGGCGUCGGCUAACACUCAACUGGCUGGCAACGAGCACUGGGAGACGCUCUGCUGCAUACACCCGAGCCUCGUGUCCUUCCUCCCGGCGCUGGAGUUCUCGGACCGCCUGGUGAAGGACCCGCAGCUGGCCUCCGACUGGCUCACCAAACUCGCCGCCUCCACCAACCAGAUCUCCAGCUUCUACCACACCAUCGUGACCUCCGUGUUCCUCUACCAGGGCUCCACGCCACAGUCUGUACAGCAGGCUACCAAGGUGCUGGAGCGCGAGGUGAUGAAGCAGAGGAGCCUGGCGCUGGAGGUGUUCCCCAUGGUGCUGUACCGCCUGGGCCGCGAGCCGGACCCCACCACGCGCCUCACCAUCCUCUACACACUCCCCUCCCUCGCCGUCAACAAGCUGUGUGUGGGUCAGGUGCUCAAGACCCUGAUGGCGCUGUGGUCGUCCGGGUCCCUCCGUCCGCUGGUGCUGCGUCUGGUGCACGACCUGUGGAAGGUGGAGCCGCGGACCUACUCCUACCUCUCCCGCUUCCUCCACGACAAGUCCAUCGACACCACCGAACUGCAGAUUGCCCGCGCCUUUGUGGUGACCAGCGUGUGCAAGUCCAAGCCGACCCAGCACGGCGAGGAGCUUCUUCCACUCCUCUCUGGCUUCCUCAAUGAGUGCCACGGGGAGCAGGGGACAGCACAGACCCUCAUUGCCUUGGACGGCAUCUACCACCUCUGUGCCAACCAAGUCAUUGACCUCCGCACCACCUGGCGAGUCGUGGCCCCCAAGCUGGUGAGGGACAAGCGGCCGGGGGUGACGGAGAAGUUAUGUGCGCUGCUGGCCCUCAUCCCAACACUGAAGGUGGAGAGUGCGGAGUAUGAGAAGUUCACGUCCGACUGCCUCAUCAUCCUCUGGAACUGGGCGGCCUCACACAGGUCCCUCUCAGUGGUGAAGGCAGCCUAUGAAGCCCUGGAGAAGUUUCCUUAUGACAGCUACACCCUCAAGAUGCUGCCGCAGUACGCUCGGCAGGGACACCAGCUGCCGGCCAGCAAGGCGGCCACGCCCUUCGAGGCAGCACGCAAGCCUGAGGACGUGCUGGAGUACGUCCCCGGCCUGGGCUGGAUCAAGCUGAUAACGGGCUGCCCCGAGGCCCACCUGGAGUACGUGGAGAGUUUUGUGAAAAGUCUUGUGGCACGGGAGGUGGCAGCGCUGCCCAAGGGGAUCUACCUCACGGCCGUGCAGGAGGCCAAGCGGCGGGGCGUCAGGGCCACCGUGGGGCAGCCUGAGCCUCCCAAUUAUAACUUCUUCAAGGACAACUCAACCCUCAGGAUACUGGUCAACUUCCUCAUGGAAUGCCCUGCCAAAAUGGAGAGCUGUGAUGACCCCCACAGGAAGGAGCGGCUGCUGAGGAGCUGCAUGCUGAUCAUGGCGGCGCUGGGCCAGUCACUGUCUCGACCAUACCCUGUCCUCAACUGGAGUUUCCUGGAGAAGGUGCUGAGCUCAGCACAUGCCUUCGCCAACUAUGAGUGGACAAAGCGCCUCCGACACAGCGUCUUCCAGAUCGCGGGGCGGCAGUGCAACAAAUCCGGGUCAGCCAGCGCCAUCAUCACCCAGUGGCUGACACCCAACACUGGCAGCGCCCUCACUCAGGAGGACGAGGUGGUGCUGUUUGGCCUGCUGGACCACCUGGGGCGUGGCCUGCCCCCGACGGUGCUGCAGCCCUUCCUGGCACAUGUUUUCAAGCAGCGCCGGGAAGACUCACUUCACAUGAAGGUGCUGCUAGAGGCCCUGCGUCCCAACCUGACAGCCGACUUCAUCUUCGACACCAACAGGAAUGUGCUGAGCAAUGCCGUGGAGGCGCUGAAUGAACACAUGGACCCCACCGACGAGGAGCUAUACUGCGUCUACAAGGCCUGCGUUGCCGACCUGCCGCAGAAGCACAUCGAGCGGCUGACUUCCCCGUCGCUGUGGUGGGAGGUGACAGACGAGAGGCUGUACCGCGCUGCCGUGCUACGCUGCCACGUAGCCGAGCGUGACACAGAGGAGCUGGCACUGCCGUGGCUCAACGACCUGGUGGACUCUGCUGCCACGCUGCCCGGGGACCGCUCACACCUCUUGCGGGUGAUGUCCUCCACGCUGGUCACCCGCUGCCAGGUCACCGAGGCCACCACCUGGUUCCUACAGCUGCUGGGGCGCCUGCAGGAGCACAUGAAGAAACGGCGUGGCGAUGAUCUGGUGGCGGCACACGAACAGAGGCAGCUCGUCAGCUUCUACCUGGACCUGCUGGUGAUGAGCCUGGUGGUGUGGUCCGGGCUGUGGGCAACCAACAGCAUGGAGGUGCUGGCUGACACGCCCCCCCUCAGGGACCACCUCCUCCUGCCCUCCCUGGUGACACUCUCAGGCCAGCCGGAGUGGAGGAAGACCCUGAUGCAGCUGCUGAGUUGGCUGGUGUCCUGCUACACCCUGCUGAGCCAGCACUCGGCCAUCCCCUACCACCUGGCCUCACCCAUCCUGCUGCUGGCCACGCUCAACCCCAGCCUCACCCAGUCCAUGUGGAACAAAGUCAUUGCGCUCCUUGUGUAAACCGAUUUGAUUCAUGCAAUGUGGUUUCAGGGAGGUGCUGGCCUUUGCAUCAGCCACCUCUGAUGUAUUCCAUAUCACUUGUUGCCAGCCUUUCUCAGCUUCCUUGGCUCCUUUUUACAGCUUCUACAGCUUUGUUCCCAAGGGCAGAUCCAAGGGGGAGCUACUGGGAAUUAUAACCUUGGGGAAUUGAGGUCAACAGGCUUCCUUUGCAGUCUUAGUUCCUGUUAGUCACUGGUUGCCUUGUGUUAAGAGGGUGAGCAGUGGGUGUAUUUGACUGACGUGGUUUUGGUUUAUAUGUCAACAAGCCAAAUAUUGCCUUCACAUCACUGGGAAUAUUCACUGUUUACUGGCCUGUCAUUAUUGUUCAUUAUUGCUGCUGCUUGCUAUCUUUACUUUACUUAAAUUCUUUCAUAUA